AUGAGUGAAUAUGACAUAGUCUUUGCCAUCGAUCAGCCUGUGACAAAUGCCAUAAUUACGACGAGCAAUGAGUUUUGUACUUUGACCUAUGACCCAAGUUACACAAAUAGCAUCACUCCCCACUACUUGGCCUACCUGAAAUCAGAUUACUUGCCCUGCACUGGAGUCCUGAUCCAUCCCCUGUGGGUGAUUACAGCGGCCAGCUGCAACUUACCGAACCUUAAGGUGAUGUUGGGCGUUACAAACCCAUCGAGCCACACUGAACAACAUGUAGAAGAGGUUGGUUAUGAGAAGAUGAUUAGUCAUCCAUACUUCUUGAUCACUUCUAUUGAGAAUAACCUGAUGUUAAUCAAGCUGGAAAGAUACAUUGAAGUCAAUGACUACGUGAAACUGGUCAGCCUGCCCCGAGAACCUGCCACUGAAAACACCAUGUGCACCGUCUCCACCUGGGGCUUCAACAGAUGUGACAUCUCCAAGGACCCUGACUCACUGCAGAACGUGAACAUCUCCGUUACCCCCGAGGCUGAGUGCCACGAUGCCUAUAAAAGCCACAGCAUCACAAAAGCCAUGCUGUGCGUGGGCAUUGUUCCAGGAAGAAGGCUGCCCUGCAAGGAAGUCACAGGAGCCCCAGCGGUCUGCAAUGGGGUGCUUCAAGGAAUCCUAACUUUUACAGAUGGAUGUGUUUUGAGAGCUGAUGUUGGCAUCUAUACCAGAAUCUUUAACUACGUGCAGUGGAUUGAAAAUAUAAUUCGAAGCAACUGA